AUGUUUCGGUCGCUAAUCACAAAAAGAUUUAUAUCAGGCCCUCCCGGCCUUUCUACUGCACAGGCGUCGCUACCUAAAAGGCCGCUGAGGAAGAUCCGCCCAGGAAAGGCCCGUCCAGCCAUCUACCACCAGUUCAAUGUUCAAAUAGAACUGAGUGAUGGGAGUGUGAUAACACGCAAGUCGCAGUAUCCAAAGGCAGAAAUCCGUCUCAUCCAGGAUCAGAGAAACUGCAUCCUUUGGAACGAAAGCAGAACUGACCUGGUGGUUGUGGAUGCCAACACCGGCGGCCGGAUGGACAAGUUCAAACAGAAGUACGGCUCCGCAUACAGCAUGAAGACCGCAGACCCACAAGCGGCCACUGAGGCGUCUGCCGAACACCAGGCAGAUGCAAAGGCAGCCAGUGAGGAGGACGACAGCGCCUUCGGCAUGGACGACUACCUGGACUUGUUAAGCGCCAACGCUGUAGCAGUGCAGAGCGGCGGAAAGUUGGCCGGUAAGCAGAAGAAGAGCAAGAAAUAA